AUGGCUGCCGAACUGGAGGCUGAGAUCGUCGCCCAGGGCGAACUGGUGCGCAAGGUGAAGGGCGACCCCGAGAGCAGUGAAGCCGACAAGAAAGAGGCCAUCGAGAAGCUGCUAGCCCUGAAACUUUCGUUCAAGGAAAAAACUGGACAGGAGUACCAGGCUCCCGGAGGCGGGCGACGCGACAACAAGAAGGGCGGAGAGAACAAGAAAAAGGAAGAGAAACCGAAACAAGCCAAACUUGAAGAGGCCAAGGGAGAUGGAAAGAAGAGCAAGCUGGGUAUCGAGACAAAGAAGGACGACAAUUACUCCGAGUGGUAUUCUCAGGUGAUCACAAAGGCUGAAAUGAUUGAGUACUACGACGUCUCCGGCUGUUACGUGCUGCGCCCUUGGUCAUACGCCAUUUGGGAAAUAAUUCAGCAGUGGUUUGAUGCCGGAAUCAAGAAGCUCGGCGUGAAAAAUUGCUACUUCCCGAUGUUCGUUUCAAACGCUGCCCUGGAACGCGAGAAGACCCACAUCGCCGAUUUCGCCCCGGAGGUCGCCUGGGUCACGAGGGCCGGAAACUCGGAAAUGGCCGAGCCAAUUGCCAUCCGCCCCACAUCGGAGACUGUGAUGUACCCCUCGUACAAGAAGUGGGUCCAGUCGCAUCGCGACUUGCCGAUCAAGCUCAAUCAGUGGUGCAACGUUGUGCGCUGGGAGUUCAAGCACCCUACUCCAUUCCUGCGUACCCGUGAAUUCCUUUGGCAAGAAGGCCACACCGCCUAUGCUAACGCCAAGGAUGCCGAGGAGGAGGUUUUCAAGAUCCUCGAUCUCUACGCUGGCGUCUACACAGAUCUACUGGCCGUUCCCGCGGUCAAGGGACGCAAGUCGGAGAAGGAGAAAUUCGCCGGUGGCGACUUCACGACGACUGUUGAAGCAUACGUGCCUGUGAAUGGACGCGGUAUUCAGGGAGCCACAUCUCACCACCUUGGCCAGAACUUCUCCAAAAUGUUCGACAUUUCGUUCGAGGACCCCAGUGGGAAUGGCCAAAAGAUGUUUGCCUACCAAAAUUCGUGGGGACUUUCCACCAGGAGCAUCGGCGCGAUGGUAAUGAUCCACGCCGAUGACAAUGGUCUCGUGUUGCCUCCCCGCGUGGCCUGUAUUCAGGCCAUUGCUCUCACAGUCGGAAUUACUGCCCAAACCAGCGAAGAACAGCGAAAUGAGAUUACCCGGGCCACGGAGAGCAUCGUCGCUCAGUUGGUCGAAGGUGGCGUUCGGGCCGAAGCCGAUCUCAGGGACAACUAUUCGCCCGGCUGGAAGUUCAACCACUGGGAGCUGAAGGGUGUGCCGAUCCGUGUCGAGAUUGGCCCCAAGGAUCUGGCAGCCAACCAGGUGACGGCCGUCAUCCGAUUCAGCGGCGAAAAGAAGGCCAUCAAGCGCGAUAACAUUGUCGAGUCGUUGAAGAGUCUUCUUGAGGAGAUUCACACGUCAAUGUACGAAAAG